GGAAUGGUAAUUGUUUCGUCUGGCAACCCAGUCCGCAGCCAAACCGUUGUGGUGAUGAUCCAGAGAGGCUAGCUUAGCUACUAGCUGCUAGCACUUAGCCACUUAGCAGCUAGCCAGUGUCGGAUUAGCUCAUGUUCGACGCUGCACUUUCAACCAUUUGGCCUGAUGACUUGUGAAUAGCAGGUUCUGAUGUGGGUGGGUCUAUCUUGAAGACCUAUUUGAAACAACGUAGGACACCUUGGGUCCGUCUGUGUGUAUGUGUGUGUGAGUGUGUGUGUGUUUGCGUGCGUGUGUGUGUGUUUGCGUGCGUGUGUGUGUGUGUGUGUUUAAGUGUCCGGUCCCCAAAAUGUCUAAAAGCAAGAGCUCCGAGUCAGUGAAAGUGGUGGUCCGUUGUCGUCCUAUGAAUGAGAAGGAACGGGCCGCGGCAUUUGAGAGUGUGGUGUCUGUGGAUGUCAAAUUUGGACAAAUUAUAGUGAAGAACCCCAGGGAAACUUCUGCUGGUGAACCCUCCAAAGUUUUCACAUUUGAUUCAGUCUAUGACUGGAGCUCGAAGCAAAUAGAUCUAUACGAUGAGAGCUUUAGACCCCUUGUGGAUUCAGUUCUUCAAGGAUUUAAUGGGACCAUCUUUGCAUAUGGACAAACCGGCACGGGGAAAACCUACACCAUGGAAGGUGUGAAGAAUGACCUCGAGAGGAGAGGAGUCAUCCCCAACUCUUUUGACCACAUCUUCACUCACAUCUCGAGGUCUCAGAAUCAGCAGUACCUGGUGCGAGCUUCAUAUCUCGAAAUUUAUCAAGAGGAGAUUCGAGACUUACUCUCCAAGGACCAGUUGCGUCGCCUCGAGCUGAGAGAGAGGCCGGACACGGGUGUCUACGUUAAGGACCUGUCGUCGUUUGUCACCAAGAGCGUGCGGGAGAUUGAGAAUGUUAUGAACGUUGGCAAUCAGAAUCGUUCAGUGGGCGCCACGAACAUGAACGAACACAGCUCUCGCUCUCACGCCAUCUUUGUGAUCACCGUGGAAUGCAGCCAACUGGGGGUGGACGGCGAGAACCACAUUCGAGUCGGCAAACUCAACCUGGUGGAUCUAGCCGGUAGCGAACGGCAGACCAAGACAGGAGCUCAGGGGGAGAGGCUGAAGGAAGCUACCAAGAUCAAUCUGUCACUUUCGGCUUUGGGGAACGUCAUAUCCGCUCUGGUGGACGGCAGGAGCAGUCACAUCCCUUACAGAGAUUCCAAACUGACACGCCUCCUACAGGACUCUCUCGGGGGCAACGCCCGCACUGUCAUGGUGGCCAACAUCGGCCCGGCGUCCUACAACGUCGAAGAGACUUUAACCACGCUGCGCUACUCCAACAGAGCGAAGAACAUCAAAAACAAGCCUCGCGUCAACGAAGACCCCAAAGAUGCGCUACUGCGGAAGUUUCAGGAGGAGAUUGCAAAGCUGAAGGAACAGCUGGAGAAGCGUACGGGAAAGAAGAACAAAAAGAGGCAAAGGAGGAGGGCGGGGGACUGUAGCAACGGCGAUGGUCUGGACGUCGAGAGCGAGGACGACGGAGACGGGGACAACAAAGUCGAUUAUUGGAGGGAGCAGCAGGAGACGCUGGAGAGCGAGAGGAGAGCGAUCAUGGAGGACCACAGCCUGGUGGCUGAGGAGAAGGCUCAACUCCUUCGAGAGAAGGAAAGGAAAAUGGAUGACCUGAAGAAGGAGCAGGAAGCUGGAGAAAUGUUGGCAGCCAAAGUUAAAGCGAUGGAGAGCAAACUUCUAGUUGGGGGGAAGAACAUUGUGGAUCAUACCAACGAGCAGCAGAAGAUGCUGGAGCUGAAAAGACAUGAAAUUGCUGAACAGAAAAGGAGAGUUCGAGAAAUGCAACAGCAAAUGGAAUGUCGAGACGAAGAGACCCUGGAGCUGAAGGAGACCUACAGUUCUCUGCAACAGGAAGUCGACAUUAAAACCAAGAAACUGAAAAAGUUGUUUGCCAAACUGCAGGCAGUGAAGGCGGAAAUCCACGACAUCCAGGAAGCGCACAUCAAUGAGCGCCAGGAGCUGGAACAAACCCAGAAUGAGCUCACCAGAGACCUUAAACUCAAGCAUCUUAUUAUUGAGAACUUCAUCCCUUGCGAGGAUAAGAACAAGAUAGUCAACAGAGCUUUUUUUGACGAGGAGGACGAAUACUGGAAGAUGAGGCCCAUCACACACAUAGAGGACGACCAUCAAAUGAUGAGCAGGCCUCAGUCUGCCAUCGGAUUCAGACGGCCUCUAAGUAACCAUGCUCGCACGGCCAUGAAAGAUAGACCUGACAUAAGAUAUAAGGCCGAGAACCUCCUGCUUCUUACGAUGGACAUGCCGUCCCGGAGCACCAAAGACUACCAGCAGCCGGUCAUUGCCCCAAAGGUGGCCGCAGCUCUGGAGGACGCGCUGAAGAACGAAGACGAUAUCCAAGUAGAUGCCUCCGGGUUUAACGGCAGCUCUGCACCGCUAGCCAGUGCCAGUGGCAGCCUCAGGAAACCAAAGUCUGGGCGAGCGAGGACAGGCAAGCAAUCGGACACGUGGACGUCGUCGUUCAGCGCUCGCAGCCCAACAUCUCCUAUUUACCCACAAUCCCGCGGGCUGGUGCCCAAGUGAACCACUCGCCGUCUGCCAACAAGCUCCCCCGCCUGCCAACAAGCUCCCCCUGCGCACCUUCUCCAAGAGAACGGCUCUUAUUCUGCCCACGCGAUCGCGAGGUCUGUGAAAGACAAAAUGGAUUAAUGCUGCUUUGUAGAAAAACAAUGAAUUAUUUUAAUUCGCACUAUUUGCUACUGUCCGGUGCUUUUCAUCUUAGAGUAUAUUUAAAGCACCUUUAUCACAGGUGUGACUACGACACAAAUAUAUAUAUAUAUAUAUGGAGUAUAUGUAUACACAUAUUGUAUGUUACAAUGUUCUUAAUGCGUACAAAUCAACUAUAAGAGUUGAUAAUCGCACUUAAAGGGGACCUAUGAUGAUUUCUAAUCUACAUUUAGUACACUUUCUUGAGGUCUAGAUACUUAAUAUUUACCCUACUUUCCAGACUAUAGACCAGGGGUAGGGAACCUAUGGCUCGCGAGCCGGCUCUCAGGUAAAUAUGAGCUGACAUUGCUUGACACGAUAAGUAAUGAAUAAUUCCACUUGUAAUCACAGUGUUAAAAAUAAUGUUGAAAAUAUAAAACAUUCUCAUGUAUUUUUAAUCCAUCCAUCCGUUUUCUACCGCACCUGUUCAAGAAGUUGUGUUAAUGGUAAGAAGUUAUUUAUUUAUUAUUGGUUAGUGUGAGGCUUGCUCUCCUGGGGGGGUUCUUCACACCACCAUGCACCGACAUGAGAGCCUAUUUCAGGGUUGCAAUAUUGUUUUAUUUUUCAAUAGUUCCCAGCAGUUUUCGUUUUCUCCUUCGUUCUCGCUCGCACUCUGGCUCCAGCUUCAACCCUGUCUAUCCUCCUGGCUGCUGCUUAUAACAGAGCGACAGGUGAUUAGAUAACAAGGCCCAGGUGGGCCUUCUACGCACCUGUCGCUGCAGGCCCGCAGGCCAGGCCCCCUCCACAGUUAGCUUCAGAAUAUCAAUGUUAUUACAAAGAAUAAGAGACCUAUUAUACUCUAGACAUUUUGGUCUUACUUAAAAAUGCACGCGUUUAGUUGUGUUCAGUGUUGAAAAAAAUAUUAUAUGGCUCUUACGGAAAUACAUUUUAAAAUAUUUGGAUUCUUGGCUCUCUCAGCCAAAAAGGUUCCCGACCCCUGCUAUAGACAGUGCCGGUAUUUAAGGCGCACCCACCAAAUUUUAGAAGAAAAUAAUAUGUCUACAUAUAUCAGCCACACGGGACCACAAGCUGUGGAUUUAUACCGGUAAAAAAGAUUUAGUAAAUGUUUCAAACGGCUGAUCAAACAAAAGAGAAGUCAUCAUCAUGGACCCACGAGCUGCGUGAGCUAGCUCUCCAAUCAGCUAAACAGACUCAAUAAUUCCAUGGAGACGUUUUGGUGAAUUUACAGAAGAAUUUGUACAACUGAAACAUUACAAAAAGAAUGCCAUUGUAAGUUAUUAAUACAAACACAGACACCUGUAAACGUGUUGGCAUAUCUGCAACUGCUAACAACGCUAGCUUGGUUACAUUGCGAUAGCACGUACAAAUAUGCAUGAAAACACGCCUACAGACAUCACACAUGGGGCGCUUUAGAAAGUUUGAAUUGUUUUAGUUAUAUUGUAAAACUUACAAAUGUUGCUUGGAGUGAUGAACGAAGAAUCCAUACGAGUAGAAACGCUACGGACGAGUAGGCUUGGGUAUCGUUUGAAUUCGAACGAUUCCGAUUCUUUGUUUCGAUAACCGAUUCUUGACGAUUCUCGAUUCCGAUUCUUUCUUUUUAAAAAAAAAAAAAAAAGGCAGGGUCAAACAAAAGUUUAGGAUAUUUUAAAUGAGCUAGCUAACCUACAGUCUUUCAGAAUGAAAUAGUCUGACAUUCACCAUCAAUUUUAAUUCUAUUAACUUUUUAUGAACUUUACUAUAAAUUCCUCACAGGGCUGUUUUCAACUAGAAUAUAAAUAUCAAAUCUAUGAAUUUGAAUAUAAAUAUAUAAAAUAUGAAUACAUUUUCACAGGUGUACACUUUCAUCAAGAGAGCUUUAUUUUUGAAAACCGCAUAAAAACACAUUUACACACACAAGUGUAUGAUGCUGCAGGUACUUAAACAUGUUACCGUGCUCCCACUGAUGGGCUAACCUGGUUUAGAAAAGCAAAUAAACAAUAAGAAACAACUUGCAAAACCCAGUCCAGAUUAGCAUCAGGUACAGUAUAAAAUCAGAGACAGUUCUUGUUUAGGAAAAUGACCAGGCAGGAUGCGUGAGCGUUCUGGGCGGAUAGUGUCUCCUGUCGAAGACGGGACACGCAUUUAUUUGUACUCCAUGAACUCGGAGGUGCUUCAUCAUGUUCGACGUGCACCCUCGUAAGCACGAAACAGUCCUGUCGCACGUGUUACAUUUCGCCGAUAUUUCAUUUAUUUUGGGGUAAAUAAAGCCACACUUUCGACCGUCGACGCUCGCUAUCCAUACUUGACUAACUCGCUCGGCUACAUAAGCUCGGCUAUUCUAACACUUCCGGCGGUGGGCGCUUCUUUGUUGGUGUACAGCUGCUUUUUAAACUUUUGAACGAUUCCGGGAGAAUCGGAAAGUUAGUCCCGGUUCCAAUCGAUACUCGAUACUCGAUACCCAACCCUAUGGACGAGUAGUAGAUAAAACAAGGCAUGAAACAGGAAUUACAUUUUCUACCCCGCACCACCAGCAGUGAGCAAACUUGUCCAAAAGAUGGCACCAUAGUACAAACAGCAACACACCUUUUCAGUGUCCUUGUCGGUGUUGAAAACUACAUAACAUUAUGGCCGUCAGCGAAAUAAAAUCCAUAAAUUAGCCGCACCUUUUUUUAAACCGCACGGCUCAAAGUGUAGGAAAAAAACGCGGCAUUCAGUCCGGGAGUACGUUUUUUGCGUAUGUAUGCAAACCAUUUUCGUGUGGAGGCGCUCCCUUUAGAUGCAAAUGAAAACACCCCCAUUCUCUCCAAAAGUAUCUGAAUGUAUAUUUUGAAAAUAUACAUUGUUAAAUAUAUAUAUUUUGUAGACACAUACAUCACCGCUAUUAUUUUUCUUUUCCUGCACGGUCUGUCUAUCUGUAUUGGCCCUGCGAUGAGGUAGCGACUUGUCCAGGGUGUACGCCACCUUCCGCCCGAUUGUAGCUGAGAUAGGCACCAGCGCCUCCCGCGACCCCACAGGGAAAAAGCGGUAGAAAAUGGAUAGGUUGAAAACAAACUUUUAUAAACAUUACAUAGAUUCACCCGGCCACGAAAUUAGGUACACUUGCACAUUUUCCGAACCAUACAGAGCUGCAAUGUAUAAAGCUGCUUUUAUCAGCAUUAAGGCUGGACAAUAAGGAUACAAAUUGUAUCACAAUAUUUAAUAAUUAUGUAUGUUUUUAUACCCUUUCAAAAAUAAGCAAGACAUAAAUAUAUUUCAUUGGAAAAUUAACUUUCUGUAAUUCUAAUCAGCUGUCAGGGCAGAAAGGAAAUGCCAACACAAGCAUUGAAAACACUCAAACAAUGUCAACAAAAUAGUGAAAUCACAUUGGACAUUUGACAAUAAGCUCAUAAAAAUCAUCGAAUAUGUAAGAAAUGCUUCAUAAAGUGUAAAAAAAAUAGCGCAAAGUGUGAACAUGUAAACAUACCUGAGAAUAACUAUUUUCUGCAGGUUUAGUGGCAGGAAGUUACAGCUUUGAUUGAUUGAUUGAAACUUUUAUUAGUAGAUUGCACAUUACAGUACAUAUUCCGUACAUUUGACCACUAAAUGGUAACACCCAAAUAAGUUUUUCAACUUGUUUAAGUCGGGGUCCACGGAAAUCAAUUCAGCUGUGCUCUAAAGGGUGAGCGUGGCUCACAUGGUGUGGUAUUAGCGGUCUUGUCUUGCAUCAUUUACAGACCACUUUGGUCUGACUAAAUCCAAAAACCUGUCCAGGUGACUUUACCUCUUUUAUCCACAAUUUCUUCAUUUUGACUUGCUCUUCUCACUCCAUGCAAAGAAUCAAUAAUAAAUGAAAAUAAUUAUUUAUCUUACCUUGAAUGGCGACUCCAUCUAGGCCAGGGGUGUCCAAACUUUUUCCACAGAGGGCCGCUCACGGAAAAAUGAAAGCAUGCGGGGGCCAUUUUGAUAUUUUUCAUUUUCAAACCAUAACAAAAUAUAUGGAUUUUUUUUUUUUAAUCCUUAGGGCUCCUGUGGAGCAUAGAGGGUUUCAGUCACUAAAAUGUUAGAAAUAAGUAAAAUUAUUAUAAUUUUUUUUAAUUUAGUGCUUACAGUAAAUCUCUAUAUCAACUUGAGGAUGAUAUAAAGUAAAACAAAUAAGAUUUUAUGCUUUUUCUGUCAAAGACAACUUUGUUUUUAAUAGUAAAACUGAAAUAUGCAGUAUUUAGAUCGAUUGAUAGACGGAUAGUACUUUAUUGAUUCCUUCAGGAGAGUUCCUUUAUUUAGCAAUCAAAGCCCUCAAAGAUCAAUAAUGCAGGACACCACUGAUUUUAAUUAUUUAAUAUUUUUGAGUAAUCACAGUGAAAAGUUAAAUAAAAUCCUACUAAAUAUAUUUGAGAUCCGAAAGGUUCCCCACUCAUAAAGUGAUGCAUUUUUAUUAGUUUUUUUUUUUUACUUUUAACACUUAAAUUUCAAGAUCAACUUCCGAUAUAUCUGUCGAUUUUAAGUUUGAACUAUUGUUUUGUUUUAUGCUCUUUUGUCAAAACUUUCAUGUUUUUAUACGGCAACCACACAAUAUAUGCAAUAUUUUUUCCACAUAAAACAUUUUAAAGUGAUAAUUUUUAAAUAUUAACUCAUUAUAAUAUAGAUUUUUUUGUCCUUUUUUUUGAGCGAUGGAAAAAAAAGAAAAUAAAGACAAAUGGAAAAAAAAACUGCCUGCAUGGCAGCUUUUUUGUCAACAUUGCCAAUUUUUCUCAUUGUUUUUAGAUUUUUUUUUGCAAUACUAUCAAUUUUGCAAUUUUUGCACUUUGGACACCCCUGAUCUAGGCACUUCCUGGUCCAUGCUGACAAAAUAGUCCCCUGUCAAAUGUUAACAUGCAAGUCUUAAUGUUGUAGACGUCUGGACGCAUGAAAAUGACUAAUAUGGGCAUGGAGAGCAUGAACUGUCAUGCCCAUAUAAGUACAUCCUUCAAUCUGUGAUGUCACAAAUGGCUUACUGUUAAAAAAAGAUUGUAAAAGCCAUUUAAAACGUUUUCGAUGCGAGUAUACAACAUUGUUACAACAUUUAUAAGUCAUCACAGGUCCCCUUUUAGAUAUUACAUAUGGGAAGUACAGUAGGGACAUUCCUGGCCAUCAAACAUUUUUGUCCAUAACAUUUCACCUAUGAAUUAAACUGAGAUGCAGGAAGUGGAAGCAACUACAAAGUACAUUCGUCCCCUCUUUUAUCACGGCUAAACACAUUUUUGUUGAAUAGGAUUGUUUUUAAACGUAUUAUUUUCAUAGAUGGUGCAUAAUAAAACUCUUCGAGACCUUCUAAAUUAAUUUUAAACAUAAUCCCAGCACUCUAAAGAUGAAAUAACAUCCAUACAGUCACCUUUAUGCUGCUUUCACCUAAUAUAGUAGCCUUGAGUGUGUUCUACUGUAGAUUACAGUACUCAUUGGUAGCGUGGCUGAGCAUCCAAGCAUCACUUGGCCUCCACAACGUAUCUACCACCUGGAAAAACCUAAUCCCAUUUCGGUUAAUUCUUGAAAGUUAGACAUGUGCUGAAACCACAGGCGUAAAGUGUUCUAUAAAAACUUGGUCAUCUUGACAGUCACAGCCAAAAUUAAAACACAUGUUUGUUAAAUAGGAUUGUUAUUAAGUGUAAUAAACAUGUGCUGAAACCACGUGUAAAAACGUAGUCAACUUGACAGUCGCAACUAUGAUUAAAACACAUUUUUGUAAAGUAGAACUAUUAUUAAAUGUGAUGUUUUCAUAGUUGGGGCAUAAUAAAACUCUUUAGGACCUUCUACGCUCCUUUCACAUAAUAUAGUAGCCUUGAGUGUGUUCUACAUUAAGCAUCACCAGGCCACUAUAACACAUCUACUACCUGGAGAUACUUCAUCACAUCCUGGGUAAUUCCUCUGAAUUAGACGUGCUGAAAACACAUGUAAAAACAUAGUCAAUUUGACAGUCGCAACUACGAUUAAUACACAUUUUUUUAAAGUAGAACUGUUAUUAAAUGUGAUGUUUUCAUAGUUGGGGCAUUAAAAAAAUCUUAAGGACCUUCUAAAUAAGUUUUAAACAUAAUUAUUGCCCUUUAAAAAUGAAAUAACAUCCAUUAUGUCACCCUUACGCUUAUUUCAUAAUAUAGUAGCCGAGAGUGUGUUCUACUGUAAGCAUCACCUGGCCACUAUAACACAUGUACUACUGGGAGAUACUUCAUCACAUCCUGGGUAUUUCCUCUAAGUUAAACAUGUGCUGAAACCACAUGUAAAAACUUAGUCAACUUGACAGUCGCAACUACGAUUAAAACACAUUUUUGUAAAGUAGAACAGUUAUUAAACGUGAUGUUUUCAUAGUUGGGGCAUAAUAAAACUCUUUGGGACCUUCUAAUAAAGUCUUAAACAUAAUUAUAGCCCUUUAAAAAUGAAAUAACGUCCAUAUUGUCACCCUUACGCUCCUUUCACAUAAUAUAGUAACCCGGAGUGUGUUCUACUGUCAGCAUCACCCGGCCACUAUAACACAUCUACUCCCUGGAGAUACUUCAUCACAUUCUGGGUAAUUCCUCUAAGUUAAACAUGUGCUGAAACCACAGGCGUAAAGUGUUCUGUAAAAACUUGGUCAAUUUGACAGUCGCAACUAUGAUUAAAACACAUUUUUGUAAAGUAGAACUGUUAUUAAAUGUGAUGUUUUCAUACUUGGGGCAUAAUACAAUUAUUUUGGACCUUCUAAAAAAGGCUUAAACAUAAUUAUAGCCCUUUAAAAAUUAAAUAAUGUCCAUAUUGUCACCCUUACGCUCCUUUCACAUAAUAUAGUAGCCCGGAGUGUGUUCUACUGUAAGCAUCACCCGGCCACUAUAACACAUCUACUCCCUGGCAAUACUUCAUCACAUCCUGGGUAUUUCCUCUAAGUUAAUCAUGUGCUGAAACCACAUGUAAAAACAUAGUCAACUUGACAGUCGCAACUAUGAUUAAAACACAUUUUUUUAAAGUAGAACCGUUAUUAAACGUGAUGUUUUCAUAGUUGGGGCAUUACAAAAAUCUUAAAGACCUUCUAAAUAAGUUUUAAACAUAAUUAUUGCCCUUUAAAAAUGAAAUAAAAUCCAUAUUGUCACCCUUACGCUUCUUUCAUAAUAUAGUAGCCGAGAGUGUGUUCUACUGUAAGCAUCACCCGGCCACUAUAACACAUCUACUCCCUGGAGAUACUUCAUCACAUCCUGGGUAUUUCCUCUAAGUUAACAUGUGCUGAAACCACGUGUAAAAACGUAGUCAACUUGACAGUCGCAACUAUGAUUAAAACACAUUUUUGUAAAGUAGAACUAUUAUUAAAUGUGAUGUUUUCAUAGUUGGGGCAUAAUAAAACUCUUUAGGACAUUCUACGCUCCUUUCACAUAAUAUAGUAGCCUUGAGUGUGUUCUACAUUAAGCAUCACCAGGCCACUAUAACACAUCUACUACCUGGAGAUACUUCAUCACAUCCUGGGUAAUUCCUCUGAAUUAGACGUGCUGAAAACACAUGUAAAAACAUAGUCAAUUUGACAGUCGCAACUACGAUUAAUACACAUUUUUUUAAAGUAGAACUGUUAUUAAAUGUGAUGUUUUCAUAGUUGGGGCAUUAAAAAAAUCUUAAGGACCUUCUAAAUAAGUUUUAAACAUAAUUAUUGCCCUUUAAAAAUUAAAUAACAUCCAUUAUGUCACCCUUACGCUUAUUUCAUAAUACAGUAGCCGAGAGUGUGUUCUACUGUAAGCAUCACCCGGCCACUAUAACACAUGUACUACCGGGAGAUACUUCAUCACAUCCUGGGUAUUUCCUCUAAGUUAAACAUGUGCUGAAACCACAUGUAAAAACUUAGUCAACUUGACAGUCGCAACUACGAUUAAAACACAUUUUUGUAAAGUAGAACAGUUAUUAAACGUGAUGUUUUCAUAGUUGGGGCAUAAUAAAACUCUUUAGGACCUUCUAAUAAAGUCUUAAACAUAAUUAUAGCCCUUUAAAAAUUAAAUAACGUCCAUAUUGUCACCCUUACGCUCCUUUCACAUAAUAUAGUAGCCCGGAGUGUGUUCUACUGUCAGCAUCACCCGGCCACUAUAACACAUCUACUCCCUGGAGAUACUUCAUCACAUUCUGGGUAAUUCCUCUAAGUUAAACAUGUGCUGAAACCACAGGCGUAAAGUGUUCUGUAAAAACUUGGUCAAUUUGACAGUCGCAACUAUGAUUAAAACACAUUUUUGUAAAGUAGAA